ACUAUAAAUAUGGUUCGUAUACAAGUGAAAUUCCACAAAACAACAAACUUCAUGGGCGCUUAGGGAGAGAGUUGUGUGAGCACAAGAAGUGCCAGCCACAAUUAGAGUGCAGAGGAUCGAAAUCUUUCUCCAGGACAACCGAGCUACAUGGUUCCUUUUUCCCCUACACAGAGUGGUGAGUGCAAGCAAUUUAGGAAUUAUAAAUGAAAAGGGAAGUUGGUAGUCAGCAAAACAAAGGUAAUACUAUGGAUUCAUAACUUAUAACAUUAAUGUUACUUUUUGCUGGAACAUCAAAAACGGACCAUGUCUUAUAAAUCAUUGGGAUGGGUGGAUUCAUAUUUGAAUCUAAAUUAUAUACAACUGCGCGCUUAUGCGGUUACUUAAAAUGAACCGUGUGUAAAGAACAUGUAAUACAUGCAGUGGGACGAAACAACAUCGGUGUGAGAUCCUCCAUUAUCACUCAGCCGUUGUCACCAACGCUAUGAUCGGAAAAUGACAACAUUGGAAUGGAUUUAAUUGGGCCGGUUAAAAUUGGCCUGUACAGUGUGAUAGUUGUCAAGUGUUUAUAAUUUUAUUAUGUUAGUUAAUAUUUCCUCCGUCCCGAAAUAAUUGUCCUGCUUUCCUUUUCGGUCCGUUCCGAAAUAAUUGUCCUACUUUGAAACUUUCCUUAUUUGGUAAACAAAUCUAUAAAAAAACAGUAUCAAACAGUGCAAAACAGUGUCAACCAGUGUCGCCACAAGGCCAAACAAUGUCGCCACAGUGCCAAACAGUGUCGCUACAGUGCCAAACAGUGUCGCUACAAUGUGAAGUCAACUUCAUUUUCUUAAUCUAUGUGAAGGUCAAAACUAGACGAUUAAUUCGGGACAAAGGAAGUAAUAUUGUUUGUUUGUAUAUUAAAUUAUAAAUUUCUGUGAUUUUAAGAUAUACGGGGUAUAAAAUAUGUAAAAUAGGUUUAAUUUUGUUAUUCUUAAUUAUAUUAAUUAAGAAUUAUCAAUGUCAAAAGUAUUGCUAGCUACCUCCGCCCAUCUUAAAUAUUUUCAUUAUAAAACGACACGAUUAUUUAAACAAUAAUUAAAUUGGGUUAUUCGAUCAUAUUUUCAAAAAUGGUUUUGAUAGGUAUAUACUAGAUAUAAUAUAAUGAGGUGAUUGAAUGAAACGGAGGGAGUAUUAAUUUUUUCUAUAUUAUACUAUCAUAUGAUUACAUUAUAAUAUAAUGUUAUUAUUGCUAUUAAUUGUUAUAACUAUUGACGUUGAUUAUUAGUAUAUACUAGUAAGAAUCUAAAAAUAUUUAGAGGUUGUCCCGACAAUGUUUUUUAAAUUAAACUCAUACAUUUAAAUUUGACUAAAUUUACUAUAAGUGUAAGUUCAUGACCACUAGAAUUUAAAAUUGAAUAUAUUUAUGGUAAGUCUAAGUCACUAAUAUAGUUACUCGGAAAAUUUUAUUAAAACAUUUUCUCAUAUCAUGAAUUAUUAGAAGUUUUUUAUGAUCUUUUUUAUUCAUGUUCAUUAAGAUAUCAUGAAUUUUAAUACGUCGCAUAUGUUGUUUAUAUUGACGAGAAAAUUGUGAUCCAAAUCACACAAAACACAUUCAAAACACAUUCGACGUCAUGAUAUAACUGAAAUAGUUUGUUCUCGCAAUACAUCAAAUGAAGAGACACAUUUGUGUAAUGUGUUACUGGAUAAACCAGGCGGAACUAUUUUAUGAGAUUUUAUAAUUUUUUGUAAUCUCUUAUUGUUUUGAUUAGAAAAUUGUAUUAUUAUGUAAUAAUAGUAAUUAUUGUUAUUUUAAUAUUCUUAUAUAGUUACGAAUUUGUAUUAUGUUAUUAUGUUAUCAUAUACUAUGUUAUCAUAUACUAUGCUAUAAUAUACUAUGAUAUUAUGUUAUUAUUAUAUAUUAUUAUAUUAUAAUUAUAUUAUUACAUUAGUGAGAUUAAGGGUGUGGAUCAUUAGUGUGUUAUACUACGUAAUAUAUUACUACCUCUAUCCCGCUAAUAUUGGGACGGAAGGGAGUGAUAUGGUUUCUAAAAAAAGUAAAAUUAUGUGGUUGAUAAUAAAGUGAUAAAGUGGGGAUAAAGUAAGAAUAAAUUACAGCUACACAAUGUUACCCUAUAUGGUAUUAGACAAAAUUAGUGGGACGGACGAAAAAGCAAAAAUGAGACAAUUAUAGAGGGACAAAGGGAGUAUGAUAUUAGUGUUUUAGUAUAUUAGUAUUGCUAAAAAUAUUGAUCAUACUUUCAAUGUUGUUUAAAAUCAAUGUUGUUUACAAGGAAGUGUUUCGAAAUGUGUAGAUUGUAGAAACUUUACGGUAACAUUUGUUUAUUUGUGUUUAUUCUAAAACAUGCUCACUACCAUUGCAUGAGUCCUACCUAUCCUUUAUUUAAUUACAAUUUAUUAUGUAUAUUACGUAUUUACUAUUUCCAUGCUUUUAUACAUGAAUUAAUAAUUUAAUCCUUAUUAACAAAUAAGGACAUACAUCUAUUACUUUAUUCAUGUCCCGUGCAUCGCACGGGUGAGAAUCUAGUUUUGAAAACGCCAGGCAGAAGAGACUUGCUGCUGGAAUCCACAGGCCUCCUCCACCACCAAAAGGAACCAAGAAGAAAACGUCCAACUUCUCUUUUAAUGAUUGGAUGAAAAGUGGGAUGUCAAGGCCUGACAGAGCCCAGUUCAAACAGAUGAAAAAGCUCAUGACUCCUCUACAACAAGAGAACCUUUUCAUGGAUAUUGAUGGACUUGUCCAGAUCAAUCAUGGAGGAUCCAUUCAAGAAGCUGAAGCAUGGUGGAAAAUGAAAGUUAUCCCAUGCAAGAAUAUAUCAGAAGCCGUGCGAAACUAUCUGGAUUGCAAUCUUGAACCUCACUGGCCAGAAUACCAGAAACCGAGGAACUUAGCCUCCAUUAGAGCUAGAGUUAAUACAGAACUCAAGAGAAUCGAUGAAGCAGGAGAACAGCUUCAGGAGUGCCAAGUGCAAGAAUUUUCUUUCUUUCCUAGACAUAUUUUAUGUGCUGUUCUUGGAUUACUCUAUAGGAUGAGAUCAUAAUUUCCAUGGGAAGGGCAUGCGUGGAAAGGGACAGUGGAACAAUAGAGGUGUAUUUUCAGGGAGAGUUGGAAUUUUACUGAAACAAUAGAAAACGGAAGGAAUGAAGCGGGUCAGAAAAGAUGUGAAUAUGGCACAAAAGUUGGAUAAAGAAUAAACAAUUGCUUUUAAACAUAAACUCAACAUGGUUGCUUAUAACGGGUGAUAUCAAGGUCUUGAGUCAUACUCCUCUCCAUUUCCUUCUCUCCAUUUCACUCUAUCUCUCUCUUUAAAAAUAAUAAAUAAAUCCCAUCGUUUAUUUUUCCUUACCCCACCAUUUCCCUUAUUCUCUUUGUAUCUCUCCUACCUUAAAAGUCCAGUUACCGGAGAGGAGCAAAAUUCAGGUAGAAGAGGAGUUCCCUACUUUCGGCUUUGAAAAAGAUCACUGGCCACCAAUUAGUGUGACCUGCUUUGGAGAUGGAGCCUACUAGCCUAGAAGUGGUGCUAUGUGCUAAGAACUCUGUUCCAUUGAGUGGAACCGUAAGCAAAGCAUGUCCUGGCUCCCUUGAUUCCUUGAAUUGGUCAAGGUUUGGUUUUGAAGAACAUUUUGUUAACUUGUAACAAUUUGCUGCCUAGCUGGUAAUAGAAGGCUGUCUUCUCUUCAAGAGAGUACCUUGAGUGAGCUUGUGUUUGAUUUUCCGGCAAUCUUUGUUUUGGCCCAGUGAAGGUGGUGUUCGAUGCCAUUGGUAGAAAGUAGAGACUUUCCUCCCAAGUUUGUACUUGUGUCCCUAUUUGCCAUUAUCAUACGGAGUAUCUUUUUAUUGCUUGUCAUGGUUGUGAUUAUUAUCAAUAUCAUUAUUAGUGAUAGGAUAUUGAGGUCUGGCCCAAUAUGGCGGCCCAAAAUAUCCCUAAAAGCCCAGGCACUAGGGAAAGCCCAGAGGUCAUAGAUCUUGAACGGGAGUUCGGCACAUUCUCAAGGCCCAAAAUACAAAGGAUAGUCCAGAAGAGAUCAUUGGGCUCGAACGAUUUGCUUAAGGGCAAGGCCCAUUCGGCACCACCCGAACGGGAUGUGACUGACUGCAGUUAAUGCUAGAUCAUGGGGGUCUCAAGUGGCAUGGAAAGCAACCAAUCGUAUUAGGGCACUCCAUGUCUCCAUUUAGUAUAAAUAGCAGUUUUUAAAUCAUUGUAAGGGUUGGAUUUUAUUAACUCAAACUUAUAUUGCAUUCUAGCUCUCGUAUUAGCCUUUGAACCAUAAUUACCGCUCGGUCAUUUUUGUGUAAUUGUUAUUACUGUGUUAAUACAAGCUGAGUUGUUUAAAUAGUUAAGUCAGAUUUUAUAUUCACUUUUAUACACGUUACUAUAACAGUUUAACCUAAGAUCCAAGGUUAGUGUUGAGCUUUCGGGUCAUUCGGGACUAAACCACAACAUUGGUGUCGUCUGUGGGAAAACCAGGCGGAACUAUUUUAUGAGAUUUUAUAAUUUUUUGUAAUCUCUUAUUGUUUUGAUUAGAAAAUUGUAUUAUUAUGUAAUAAUAGUAAUUAUUGUUAUUUUAAUAUUCUUAUAUAGUUACGAAUUUGUAUUAUGUUAUUAUGUUAUCAUAUACUAUGUUAUCAUAUACUAUGCUAUAAUAUACUAUGAUAUUAUGUUAUUAUUAUAUAUUAUUAUAUUAUAAUUAUAUUAUUACAUUAGUGAGAUUAAGGGUGUGGAUCAUUAGUGUGUUAUACUACGUAAUAUAUUACUACCUCUAUCCCGCUAAUAUUGGGACGGAAGGGAGUGAUAUGGUUUCUAAAAAAAGUAAAAUUAUGUGGUUGAUAAUAAAGUGAUAAAGUGGGGAUAAAGUAAGAAUAAAUUACAGCUACACAAUGUUACCCUAUAUGGUAUUAGACAAAAUUAGUGGGACGGACGAAAAAGCAAAAAUGAGACAAUUAUAGAGGGACGAAGAGAGUAUGAUAUUAGUGUUUUAGUAUAUUCGUAUUGCUAAAAAUAUUGAUCAUACUUUCAAUGUUGUUUAAAAUCAAUGUUGUUUACAAGGAAGUGUUUCGAAAUUUGUAGAUUGUAGAAACUUUACGGUAACAUUUGUUUAUUUGUGUUUAUUCUAAAACAUGCUCACUACCAUUGCAUGAGUCCUACCUAUCCUUUAUUUAAUUACAAUUUAUUAUGUAUAUUACGUAUUUACUAUUUCCAUGCUUUUAUACAUGAAUUAAUAAUUUAAUCCUUAUUAACAAAUAAGGACAUACAUCUAUUACUUUAUUCAUGUCCCGUGCAUCGCACGGGUGAGAAUCUAGUUUUGAAAACGCCAGGCAGAAGAGACUUGCUGCUGGAAUCCACAGGCCUCCUCCACCACCAAAAGGAACCAAGAAGAAAACGUCCAACUUCUCUUUUAAUGAUUGGAUGAAAAGUGGGAUGUCAAGGCCUGACAGAGCCCAGUUCAAACAGAUGAAAAAGCUCAUGACUCCUCUACAACAAGAGAACCUUUUCAUGGAUAUUGAUGGACUUGUCCAGAUCAAUCAUGGAGGAUCCAUUCAAGAAGCUGAAGCAUGGUGAAAAAUGAAAGUUAUCCCAUGCAAGAAUAUAUCAGAAGCCGUGCGAAACUAUCUGGAUUGCAAUCUUGAACCUCACUGGCCAGAAUACCAGAAACCGAGGAACUUAGCCUCCAUCAGAGCUAGAGUUAAUACAGAACUCAAGAGAAUCGAUGAAGCAGGAGAACAGGUAGAAGAGGAAAACUCUUAAUCUUUCUAUCUCUUGUAUCUUUAUUUUCUCUGCUAAAUAAGAUAACCUCUCUGCCUCUAAUUUGAAUGGCACUUUCCAUAUUCUGUCUCUUAUUGCUUUCUAUGCUUACCUUCUGUUUAUUGUUUUUCUCUGUUACUUUGUAUUUUACUUGUUUAUUUACUCUUACUGCUUCCCUAUGCUAAGUUGCCCACCACGAUUUUUAAUGAAAGUAUUUAACUUAAUUCUUUUAUGGUGAAAGACACUUCUCUGGAAGUAGUUUAAGGGUUUUGGCAUCAUCAAAAAGGGGGAAAUUGUAAGGAAUAAUUGUAUUUAGAUUUUGAUGAUGCUAUAUUAAUAAGGAUAUUAGAGUACCCCUCUUUAGAAAAUUGUAUUAGAAUUUUUCCAAGUGUAAGCAUUCUUAGAAUAGUCGACAGGACAGAAGACCUCUAGGCCCUCUGUUAGCUUUUAUUUGGACAAAAGACCUUCAGGCCCUCUGUUAGCUCCUAUUCUGACAGAAAUGCUCGAGACCCUCUUUGGUUGAUCCUCUGCUCAAGAACUCCAGAAUGCCUCACACUUAGAAGAUUUUCAGAAAUCUACCUAAGUCGGUGAAACCAACGGAAUAUUCCCUCAACGGCUAGGAGACUUCAAUGGAAAAGCCACUGUACAUGCAUUUAAUGCUCAUUUAAUGAGCCUCGUACGCUUUAGAGUAAAAGCUGAUGAUUGACCGACAUUCCAGGAUAACUUUAUCCCAAAAUAGCAACUCGCCAGGUCGGGCUGGACAGCAAAGUAGCCUAACUAGGAAUCAGGCCCGUGACAGAAACCCACAGCCAGGUCGGACUGGACAGCAAACCUCGAGCCUGGACGGAGUUCUAGUGAGGCCGGGAUAUUCCUAAGGUUUACGUGGCAGACUAUCAUUGAUUCAUAGCUAUCUUGGACAUGAAUUCAUAGACGAGAAGGAGAUAACCAUCGUGUGACGUCCAAGGCAUGAGAGGAGUUCUAUUUCGAGCGAGAAUGUAGCUCAUUAAUUAGCAUUUAUUGUAUUAGAUUCCUCCCAUAAUUCUACCUCCUAAUCUCUAUAAAUACUCCAUGUAAAUACCCUAGGGGGGGAUUCUGAUCGGUAAUUCGAUUCCCGGAAUAAGAGUAAUACUGUCUUACGCUGCAAUAUUAUUUCGAUAUUAUUUCUAUACUCUACUUAUAUUUAGCUCUCGUAGUUCGAUUAAACUCCAUCAUAAACAUUGAAAAACAAUAAAAAUAAAAAACCGAAAAAAAAUAAAUAAAAAAAGAAUAAGAAGACCAAAAGGGGGAAUAAAAGAGUCAAGACGAUAAAAAUAAAAAGGGAAAAGUUUUAGGGAGAAAAAAAGAAAAAAGAUGUGUGGCACCACUUGGAGAAAAUUUGUGAAAGGUGGUGAUGGUACCAUGGACUCGGACCAUGGCCCAAUUACGGAACCCAGCCCAUAACGGGAUCAAGCCCAUAAACGGGAUCAAGCCCAUAAACGGGAUUAAUAUAAUAAGCCACUGGGCCUAUGGUUGGACUCGGGUCGGGCCACCCGGCCCGUGGACCGGCCCGGCCCGCUACUGUGCGGGACCAGGACCGGCCCGGUUCUCGGGUCCGGGUCCGGGUCCGGGUCGGGCCUAGGCCCGGGGGGUAGGGCGGGUCCGGGCUCGGGUCUCAAUUUUGGUGAACCGGCCCGGCCAGGUCGGGCCCGGGCCAAAUUGAAUUUUUUUUAUUUUUUUUUUUUCAUUUUUGGGGUUCCACCCGGGUUGGGCUUGAUGGGUAGGAUGGGUUUGGGGGGUGGG